AUUUCCAAAAGAAGCUGUCGAGCAAUCGGGCUCUUAUAAAAAAUGAUCGAUCUUUCAAAUUCACGUGGACUGUCCUAAUCAAAAGGGCAAGAUGAACGAAAAAUCGAAAUUGGCACCAAUUUCGGAGUCCGAUGCAGAUACCGGAAUAUUUAAUCUCAAGCAGUUAGAAAGAGAGGCACUGGAUUGUCUCGAUACUUUUCCUGGCAAAGUCAUCGAGCUUAAUGAUAUCGUCGAGAAAUGUACGCCCGAAGCCGUGAAAAGUUGUAGCAACCCGAACACAGAGUGCAAAUCGUUAAACUCGAAAUCCAUCACGUCGACUAUUAGAGAUUUUGAAAAUUUGACUAGUCUUGACUUGGACGUUACCAGUUAUUAUUCAAUGUCGACUUGCGACCGUAUGCGCAUGCGCGGCCGUACUCGGCGUGGAAUUUGCAAAAGGCGUUUUCGAAACUUCCACGGGCGAACUUUACGUAGACGACCUGGCCCUUUGGGACAGAUAUUAGGAUUCCUGGCAAGUAAACUUUUCAUAUGCACCAGAACUAUAGUAUUGAAACCGUCUUGGUACAUCGUUGAGAGAUUAUUGGAUUUACUUUUGAAAAGGCGUCAAGUUAAAAAUGCGGAAUGCGGCCCGUCGACGGACUGGUUUAGUUCCAUGUCGGCUUACGUUACGGCCUUCGAAGAAGAUAACACGACAGUUGGCAACAUCAUCAACAUCAUGAGACCCGCUGCUGUGCAGUUAAUUGCAGACACAACGAUUCUCAAAAGAUGGCUGCAAGCAUUCUCCAUAACCUCUAGUUCUCCCUUACCACCUUCCACGGAACUUGUCAACGCCACACGUAUCACGGAAACCAUAGACUGUUGGGCAUACGAAUUAUUCUUUCACUUAAAAUACCUCAGAGCGGAUCACAGCAAAUCAAUGGAUUCGCGAAUUGAUGUAAAAGUAACUGAUGAUCCUGAUAGCCCUGAUGCACUCAAGAUUAAAGAAAACGUCCUCAACUUAAAUCUGUGGCAUCGAAUGGUUCAGCUUCGUGACAAUUAUAUUAUUCUCUACGAAACUCUUUACGGCAAUAAUAAGUUUAAUUAAUUAGCAUCAAUCAAAUAGACGAUUCAUAUAUUUAUAUCCAGAGUAAAGGUAAUGUUAUUGCUCAAUCAAGUCGUCCCGGAAUAGCCAUUUGACUGACAAUGAAUAAUAUCCAGCCGACCGUCCUUUCCUUCAGGAACAAAUGCAUUAUGUCUUAUUAUCUACCUAUUAUCAGACUCUCUCACUUUAUUUCAACUU